AUGGUUGAUUUUGGGACUGCGAUAGAUGGGAGACGAAUGAAGGGAAAUACGGGUAAUGGUGCCGAGAAGGGGACUAGGAAUGAAGAGAAAAAGAAGCAAUCAAAAUUUGAAUCCGCUGCAAUUAGAAAACCAACGUGGAUCCCCAAAAUUAGCAAGAGUGACAAGACAAAAAAGAAGAGAAAAAUUAAAAAAGCAGAGGACCUACAGUUUGAGGCAGCUGAUGAACUCGCUGAUGCACAUUACACCACAAGAUAUCCAAUCACUGCAUUAAAGAAAUACAUAACGGAAAACAAAUUGAAAAGCGAAGCAGAUUUGAAGGCCACCGAGAACAAGAUUGAAGAAAUUUUUGCCGAUAAAAGCCCGGUUCCAGCCCGAAAUAAGCUGCUAGAGAAUGUAUUUUCCGAUCCAAGGGGAUUCAAAAUCAGGCAUGAUGAGAAGUACAGAUAUGAGGACCCUAAAUUUAUUAAGGGCACUGCUCAGAUAUGUUCGAUAUAA